AUGCCUAUAUUGAAACAAGGGAGUGAGUUGAAACCAACAAGUUACAGACCAGUAUCUCUGACGUCAAUACCAUGCAAAAUAUUAGAAAGAACAAUUGCUGAUAAUAUCAUCAAGCAUUUAAUAACAAACAAGGUAUUUGCAAAGGAACACCAUGGCUUUCUAAAAGGUAAGAGUUGUACAGCGAAUUUAGAAGAAUUUCUUGAUACCUUAACAAGCGCAUUAUUAUACGCUAUUCCAAUUGACGUUUUGUAUACCGACUUUCAAAAAGCAUUCGACAGAGUAUCACACAUAAAAUUAUGUAAUAAGGUUUAUGCGUCCGGUAUUGUUGGUAUGCCUCUUAAAUGGAUUAAAUCAUUGUUAUCGAAUAGGAAAAAACAAGUUGGGAAUGGGAAAAUGCAAGGCAAACUGGGUUGA